CUUGAGCACAUGUCUUCCUAGAAAACUUAAGCCUAUAAAAGUGCGAAGCUGAAAUCAUAAUUGCAGUGCAGUUAAAACUCCUAACCGUUUCCAAACAGAGAAAUUCUUCGAGGCACGUGCUUCUGGAAGUUGAAAGCAUUUCAAUGUUCUGCAUUUCAUUCAUAUCGACAUGGCGCACACGUUGAACGAAACCUGAAUAUAUUUGAAGCAAAACUAUCUAUAUACUAUUUUUACUAAAAUAUAUUAAGUAGAAAGAAAGCAGAAACAUGGCCAGCAGUUCGAGGGUUCCACAAUCAAAGGAGUCGCAGCUGAAAUCGUUUAAAACCCAGCUAAAAGCCGAUGUUCGCAACAUGUUGGUGAACUUUGAGGAAAUCAUGAAGCUGGCUAGCCGAGAAAAUACCAGUCAAAUCUGUAAGGUCACACAAUGCGAACAGGAUGCUCUGGAAAUGCAAGUGCGUGCGGCCAAUAUGGUUCGCGCAGGAGAAUCCCUGAUGAAAAUGGUGAACGACCUCAAGGAAUUCCAUAUUCUCUACGAUUUUCCCGCCAUCAACAAGACUGUCAAGAAGAUGUCGGAGUUGUGUAGUGCCAAGCAAAUCGAAAUUGAUGAAAAGCUAGCGAUAAUAGCUGAAGACAUGAAAGAAGAACUGUCCGAUCUGGAGGAGGAGUACUACAGCACCUCACUAAAGUAUCCCUAGGAAUUUCGAGUGAUUUCUGUUCAAUUCAUUCUAAAUGCUUUGCAUAAAUGACUUUGUAUCUUCGAAAAAAAAUAAACCGGUUAAAUAAGUUAAA